AUGGCGCUUGUGGGCCCAGAGUUUGAGAGCGAAUAUGCUAAAAUCAGUGGACGCACGGCACAGCUGCUGGAUGCCGAGAGAGCUCGUGUCAAACGCAUGGAACAACUACUGCUCCAGUUUGAAAAUGAUACUCUACGCUCAGAAUUGGAAGAAGUCAAGGGACAACUAGCCGCGGCUAUGCAAGCUGAGUCUGAUAACCGCCUUCAGCUUCAUGAUGCUUGGAAAGAAGUUGAUCGCUUGCGGAGUGUCAUAAAAGCUUCAUCUCACGAGAUAGAAGGCCUCCAUGGGAAGCUUUCUUCCUUAGGAUCCACCACCUCUGAAUCCAGAGACCUGCUCGCAGAGAAGAUCCGGCUUUCAAAAGAUCUAUCGAAAUUACAAUCAGAAAUCGAACGACUAAAAUCACAAAAUGCAUCUUCACAGGAUCUUCGCACAGAAAAAAGAGAUCUGGAGCGACAAUUAAGCAUGUUGAAGGUACAAAUGGAGGAUGACAAACAUACACACGAGCGUAGCCAAGCUCGAGACAUGCAUCAAAAGCAAGAAAUCGCAGACCUUACAUCACAGCUGGAAAAGGCUCGUAAGGAACUGGCAGAGAGUCGGCAGGAGCAUGAUUCUCAAAGACAAGGUCUGGGAUGGACGACACAGCAGAAUGCAUAUGAAAGCAAGAUUGAAAACUUGACCAAAAAGCUAAAAUCUACAAACGCUCAACUCGAAGAAGCCCAGAAGUCUCAAAAAACCCGCCAGGCCAAUAUUACAACAGACGAUAUAAGUCAAACUAACCAUCGAGGCCGUGCUAUUCCUUCUCAGCGACCGAUGUCACAAUUUAACCCAGAUAUUACUAUCGCAACCCCAGGGGCCAUCCAGAAGCAUGAAAAAGUUAAACAGCCAUCAGCAUUACCUGGCGACAAAUCAACUUUUUCGAUAACUCCCUAUUUGAGUCGUACAAACGCCCCACUAGACACUCCUGUGAGUUCGGAGGUUGAUAUGAACGAGCUUGGUGCCAUUGAUUUGAAGGAAACGAUUAAAUCUCCAUCAGAUGAGGCUGGAUCUGGUGGCAGCAAAGAUGUUGAGAUUUGGUCUGACGGUCAGCCAAUUCCUGGCAAAGGCUUACCUCGCAAGACGGCAAAGCAAAAACCAACCAAGCUACAAGCAAAAGAAAGCUCGACUAAGGGGCCAGGCCGCAUAGACAGUGAUGACCAACUCGAGGAUUUGAGUGGUUUGCACGCCCAAAAAGGUACCGGUCACGGGCCAGCUAAACCAAAAAAGCGAAAACUUGGUGGCCAACGUGAUAGAAACUUGUUUGAUGAGGAGGAAGACGAGCUUCACGAAUACCGAAAACCGGGACGCAAGCUUGCUUUCGGUGCAGGUCGAAAUCCAGUCCUAGGUGGUUUUCAGCCUGCCGGCGGUCUACAAACAUUUUCACCGUUAAAACGCGAUAGGAAAAGAUAUUAGAUUCAAGAGGUGCGGCACACCACAAGCUGUAAAGAGCCUCAAAUUUCGUGUCAAUGCAACAAGUCUCAUAACACCUGAUCUACUGUAUCGAGAGCGCCCUGUCCCAAAAAUAAAAUAAAAAUCUCACUAGACCCGUCUAAUAAUUUUGCCGGCAGAAUUUCAAUUCUACCAGACAAUAAAUAACAAACGGCCUUCGAAUCAAACUUCCAGAGGUAGCCUAUUUCUGAUUUUUUGGGUGAUUGGAUAAUUCAGCAUUAUCAGCACUAUGCCGUCACUCAUAUUAACCUUGUCACCAUUGGUGCCGGAUCUACGUGCGUUUUGCAUUACUACAUGCCACACCUUUACAGUAAAAAGACAUUCUUC